CAAUUUCUGAUCCCGAAUUUCUCCCUAAAUUGCCGCCGGCUUUCCCUUAGCUUGCAGCUCCGGUUUGCUUGCUGAAAUUCUGGAUUUAUUUUUUUAUUCCUUGUGCUUCCAAUAUCAUGCCAGCCUUCGGUAGCUUAUUUCAUGCCCGCGUGUUUUGCUCUUCUUCUUCUUCCCUGCAGCCGGCAAGGAAACCCAACCAAGCCGACAGCCUUCCCUUUGAAAGACCAGUAAGGCUUCUUGAAAUUUUCCCUCCUUUCUUGCUCAAGAACCAAGUUUCAAGCUUAGAACUCUCUCUCUCAACCCAGAAAUUCCAGAUCUGCUCUGCAUCUUCCUCCCUCUACCGUCCGCGAGCUGCAGCUUGUGCGAAUUCUGGGCAAUUUCUGAUCCCGAAUUUCUCCCCAAAUUGCCGUCGGCUUUCCCUUAGCUUGCAGCUCCGGUUUGCUUGCUGAAAUUCUGAAAGCAAAACUGAGGACGGGGAAACCACGGGAAGUGACGAGUUAGAAGGCUAGCCAUCUUGUAAAUUGAACAUGAAUUUUAGAUGUAGAUCAAGAUCUUGUAAGCUAAACUUUAUUGGAGAUUUUAUGAUAUCAGAGAAAAUUUUAAAAUAUUAUCUUCAGAUUUUGUGGUAUCAAAUGUGAAUUGGAU